UCAGAACUUUCGGCGGCUGAAGCCAGUCCCGCGGAGAAACCACCUCCAGCUCGCCAUUUUUCCCAGGCCGUCCACCAGCCCCAGCGCAGGGCGGCAGUUUCUGUGAAGUGUAUAGACCAGUCAACCCGCGGCACCGCUUCUCUUGACCAAUAGGAAGUGGGAUAAAGCUCAAAGGCGGAAACUGUGGCUACAUGAGCAGGCAUCAGAGCCAAUCAACCCUGGGCCUCGUUCCCGACCGCCAACCAGCGGCGAGAACGGGUCUGGGGGCGGGAGGCCGGAGCAGCUGUCAGGCUGAAGUCUGGAGAGCAACGCGCGCCACCGCAGCUGUAGGAAGUGCGUAGCCGGGCCGGGCCCUGGAGAUGGUCCCCGGCGCCGCGGGCUGGUGUUGUCUCGUGCUCUGGCUCCCCGCGUGCGUCGUGGCUCACGGCUUACGCAUCCAUGAUUAUUUGUACUUCCAAGUACUGAGUCCUGGGGACAUUAGAUACAUCUUCACAGCCACACCUGCCAAGGACUUUGGUGGUAUCUUUAACCUUCAGAGGCCUGCGGGGAACUCAGCAACGGUUUCUUCAUCCAGGACCAGAUCGCUCUGGUGGAGAGGGGGUAAGGAGCAGCAGGCACAGCAACAAGGGGAGGGAGACACAGAUAGACUCAGGGGCUGCUCCUUCCUCUCCAAGACCCGAGUGGUACAGGAGCAUGGCGGGCGGGCAGUGAUCAUCUCGGACAAUGCAGUUGACAAUGACAGCUUCUACGUGGAGAUGAUCCAGGACAGUACCCAGCGCACAGCUGACAUCCCUGCUCUCUUCCUGCUCGGCCGAGACGGCUACAUGAUCCGCCGCUCCCUGGAACAGCAUGGGCUGCCAUGGGCCAUCAUUUCCAUCCCAGUCAAUGUCACCAGCAUCCCCACCUUUGAGCUGCUGCAACCGCCUUGGACCUUCUGGUAGAAGAGUUUGGUCCCACAUUCCAGCCAUAAGCAACUCUGGGCUGGGAGGGGGAAUCCAGGAAUUCUGCUGUUUAGGUUUAAGGAUAGCAUUUGGGGACAGGUAGAAGAAAAAGGCCUGGGCCUUGGUUUUGCUAAAGAAAACCACACCACUGGCCUUCCCUUCCUCAGGGCCCCCAAACGUGUCUCAUGCUAGGGGGAACAGGCAAUAGCCAGUCCCCAGGGCUUCUUGGUUAGAAUCUGGAACAAAAGGGGCUAAAGGUGGUCAUCUGUGAUCUGUCACACCCCAUCUGGCUCCAGCCUUCCUCACCCACGGUCUCCUCAGUGUCCUUCACAGCACUUGGUGAAGUGGUCUAAGGAGCUGGUGUUUGAGGACUUAAUAAACCCUCACGGACUUUUUAGCAAUAAAGCCUCUCAUCAGGGUU